AUGCCAGAAUCUAAAAAGAGAAAACUAAGCAAAGAAGUGGAGGACAACAAUGGAUCAAGUUCACAUUUAAAACCCAUCAAAAAACUAAGUUGUCAAAGAUGUCGAAGUAAAAAAGUGAAAUGUGAUGGUACACUUCCUUGUGCUGGAUGUUUAAAAGCUCAAGUUGAAUGUAUUCAAACAAUUUCGGAUAUGAGGAAGAAAAGACCAACAUUAACUUAUGUAAAUAAGAUAGAAAAUCAAUUGAAAAAUGUUAGGGCAUUCAUCAAUGAGUUGAAACAAUUGGAUAGUGAAAAACAAACAGAGUUAUUAAAAAAUACAGAUUUGACUAAUUUGAUUAAUGAUGAUGAAGAGACAGAAUCUGGAAUUAGCACUUCAGCAAUAGCGGAUCACAAUGAUGACGUUGAUGAAACUAAAGCAAUAUACGGUCCUACAUCUGUAUAUGAUAAUAACAUUAUAAAAAACAAUACAAAUUCACUGAAACGUGAAAAUGAAAUAAAUGUAAUAAAUAAAAUGAAUAAAGAUCCUGAAAUUUUAAAAUGUAUACAAUUAUUUUUCACGUGGCAAUAUCCAGAUCAUAAUAUGUUUAUUUUCAGAGAAGCAUUUCUAAUAGAUUUCUUCAAUCCAACUGCUUUAAGUCUAUAUUGUUCAAAAAUUUUAAUAUUAAGUAUAUGUGCAUUAGGUUCAAGAAUGGCCAAAGAUUCAAUAUAUAAUAAAUCAAAAGAAUAUUAUAAAGAAGCUAAAGCAUUAUUAUUACAAUCUUUAAGUCAACCAUCAAUAACAUCAUUACAAAGUUUUAUGCUUUUAGCAUUUUUUGAUAUAUGUAAUGGACUGAAUUCAAGUGGUUGGAUGCUACUGGGGAAUGCAAUGAGAAUGGGGUUUGAUAUUGGAUUUCAAUUAAAUCCUGAAGUUUGGUUUGUAAAAUCAAAGGAAAGUUUGGAUGAAUUGGAUGUUGCAAUAAGAUCAAGAAUUUAUUGGGGUUGUUAUAUGGCUGAUCAUUUUAUAAGUUUAGUCUUAGGAAGACCAUCAAUUUUGAAAAUGUCAGAUGCAUCAAUUCCAGAAACUAAAGACUUACCUGAUUUAGAAUGGAUUGAUGGUUUCACUUAUAAUGGGUAUGAAAAGAAGAAUGGUAAAAUAACUAAUGAGUCAAAUAAAUCUUAUAUUGGUGAUCCGUUAAAUCAAAUAAUUAAUUUAAUUAAUAUAUCGGACAACAUAUUGAAUGACAUUUUCACUAAAACUGACGUGGAUGAUAAAUCAAAUGAAGAAAUCAAUCUUGAAUCAAGAUUAGAUAAAUUGUAUGAAUAUAAUUCCCAAAUAAUGAAUUGGAAACAAAAUUUACCUGAUGAUUUGAAAUGGGAUAAAAAUACAUUGUCGAGAAAUGCAGAAAAUCCCACUUAUUCAGGUAUACGAUAUUACUAUUAUAUUUUACUACUUUGUUUAAACCGUCCCUUUGUCGGGCUCGAAGCAGAUGCAAAUAAUGUUCUUUCAUCAUUAUCAAUAUGUUUAAAUGUGAUUGAAGAUUUAUAUGAAUCUAUACGGAAAUUCGAAUCAGAGCAUGGUUAUAGAAGAGCAUCAAUAUUUAUUGUUUAUUCAUCCAUUUUAUCAAUCUCAAUUAUUCUUUUAACUAAUUCAACUUUUUCUCAAGUCAAUGAACAUAAGGAAAGGCUUCAUUUUUUUAUGAGUGUUUUAUUGGGUUGUUCAAAAACAUGGAAACUAGCUGAUAAAUCGUAUAAUUUAAUCAAGGAUAAAUUAAAACAAAAUUAUGUUGGGGAUACAAAUGGUAAUACUAUAAAGACAGAACCUGUAUUACAAAUUAACAAACUUGCUACAACAAGUUAUCAAGCUUCUCCUGUUUCUAGUGUUGAUUCACAAAAUUUCACAAAUGUUUUAUUGGAUGAUAAUAUUGAUUUCCUUGGUGGUCCACCAGUUUUGAUGACAUCAGACCUAUUUAAUGAGGAUUGGGAAGCAUUAUUCCCUGAUUACAUUUUUCAUAGUAAAAAUUAA